UACAUCGGAGGCACAGCUCUUGCGUGCCUGGCGACAACACACCCCGACUACGAGUUUAUCUUGCUUGUCCGAAGCGAGGAGAAGGGGAAGCCAAUCAAGGCCAAGUAUCCCGACGUCAAGCUGGUCUACGGUGGCCUUACCGACUCCGCCUUGGUAGAACAAGCAGCCGCUGAGGCUGAUAUUGUCGUCCACACCGCGGAUUCGUCUGAUAACGUGCCCGGAGCCCAGGCGAUUGCGAAGGGACUUGCUCGCGGACACUCUGCCGAGAAGCCGGGAUACUGGAUCCAUGUCUCGGGAACAUCCAUCCUGACAUGGUUUGAUAGACAGGAAGGGAGGUUCGGCGAAGGUCCCGUGCCGGCUCAGGAAUACCACGACGUGGAUGAUAUCGACCGCAUCGUCACCCUACCCGACGAAGCUCAUCAUCGCAACGUCGACAAGAUCGUCCAAUCGGCCAUCUCAGACGCCGUCAAGGUCGCCAUCCUGUGCCCGCCAACCAUCUACGGCAAGGGCUUAGGCCCGGUCAACACUCGAAGCGUCCAGAUCCCCGACAUGGCCCGCAUCGCGCUCCAGAAGGGGUUCGUGCCUGUCGUCGGCGCGGGCAAGACGGAAUGGGACCACGUCCACAUCAUCGACCUGGGCGACCUGUUCAACCGGCUCGUGGACGCGACGCAGGAUCCGUUGCUGGCAACUAACCCGGAGGUGUUUGGGCUCCACGGCUACUUCUUCGCCGAGGCCGGAUCGCAUCGAUGGGCCGACGUGGCGGGGUGGAUCGCCGAGGAGGCUAAGAGGCAAGGGUUCGUGCGCGAGGCGCGGACCGAGUCGUUGACGCAGAGGGAGGUCGAGCUGCUGGAGGGGGGCUCGACGGCUUCUUACGGGCAGAACUCGAAGAGCGUCGCGCAGCGGGCGCGGAGGUAUCUGGGCUGGCGGCCGAGGGGGCGGGCGUUGAGGGAUGAGGUUGAGCGUGCUGUGUCUGAGGAGGCUGCGGCUUUGGGGUUGGUGUCCAAGGCG